AUGGCUAAGGGAACGCCUAUCAAGAAGGGCAGAGGCUCGAAAAACGGCACUCCUGUGUCCACACCGCCUGUAAAAACUAAGAAAGCUUCGAGCAGGAUUUCGACACCAGCUUCCACACCAGGAUCGACGCCGUCGAAAACCAAGAAGAAAGCGGUCAAGAGCUCUGGCAAACAGGGCGAAAAGCUAGUCUUGAAGUCCAAGGACGCUCCUGUUGCGGCCAAAAAACCGGAAUCUGUAAUUCCAAAGGAUAGAAUUGUGCGCGCCGUGCAAGAACUGCAAAAGUUUGUAGAGAGCGAAAAAGCCAAAACCGAAGAUUCUAACCAGCUUCUGGACGAUGGCGAACUGGACAGACAAGUGGAAUUAAUCGCUGUUAACACCACUUCGUUCACAGACAACAGAAAGGUUUUCAAGCCCAGAUUGUUCAAAAUCGAGCAUUCUCUGUUCAAGCCUUGGAAAGACGCCAGCGAAACCGCUGUCAAAGACUUCAAGACUCUGCUGAUACUCAAGGAUCAAGACGCCUCCAAGUGCUCCGAGGACCAGCUUUAUGAGCAACUGCACGAAUCUGGCAUCACCGUGAACGCCGUGAUCUCGGGUAACGAUCUCAAAACCAAGUACAAAGCACUUGAAAAGAGAAGAGCUUUUGUGCAGGACUUCUCGCUCAUCCUAGCCGACGACUCCGUCGUGACGGCGUUGCCUAAACUUUUGGGUGGUAAAGCAUACGAGAAAGUGGCCACCACGCCUAUUCCUAUCAAGACCAAUAAGAACGGUGGCUUUUCGCUAACGUCGCUUGUAAACAGCAUCAAGAAAAUCUAUCUAAAUACCCUUCCAGCCAAGAUGCCUCGGGGUACAACGCUCAAUGCUCAUUUGGGAGAUUUGGAAUGGUUUUCUGCCGACGCCCUCGCCGCCAAUGUGCUUGCAGUGGCUGAACAGCUAAUUGAGAGCUCUCAGAUCAGAUCCAUUUUUUUGAAGGUGAACAAAUCGCCAGUGCUCCCACUUUACUACAACCAGAACGUCUUAGACUCUUUGACUAAACAAGCAGAUGCUGAGGUCAAGGACAAGGCGCUGAAAAAGUUCACCAUCGCUGGCACGGAAUUGGAGCUAUCCAACUUCGACGCUGCGUUGAUGGAAAUUGCAAACCCAGACGAGCUUGACAAGGUGUUUGCGUCUCGUAUCAACAAGGCAAAGAAAAGAGCAGCCGCAGAAGAACCUGAACAAGGCGUUCUAGCGAAGAAGACAAAAGCAUAA